AUGGCCUCCCCCAUCUCCUUCGGUGAUGCAGUCGCCAUCGCCAAAAUUGCCUACCGCAUCGCCCACGCCUUCACACAAGGCAGCAAGUCCGCCCCAGCCGAGUUCCGCGAGGUUGAGAACCAGCUCUACUCUCUCAGCACUGCCCUUUCUGCCCUGCAAGAUGACAACAAAAACAACAACAAUAAUAACAAAAACGCUAUUACGGACGGUACUACUCCUACUGGGAGUAGUAGUACUGACACAACACCCAUUGACCCGUCCCUUGCAGUAAUCCUGGAGAACUGCGCCGAGACAUUAAAGCACCUGGAGAAGAUUGUCGAGAAAUAUGGUGUGGUGGCUCCAAAGGGAAAGAGUUGUAACAACAGUGACGGGAGUGCCAAGUCGAGAUUCCAGAAGUGGAGUGGUGAACUAGUGAAAAACUACCGCAAGAUUGCCUGGACGACCGAGGCUGGAGACCUGGCGGCGUUGAGGAGCCAGUUGUUGGUGCAUACUAAUAGUUUGAAUUUGGUACUGGGGACUAUAUUGAGUUCCCGAACUACACGUAUCGAGGACAACCUCAAAGAAAACUCGGCCAUGCUCCACGACAUUCACGUCUGGUGGGCGCAAAAUCUCAAAGAUGCCACUGUCAAAGGGUCUGCUUCGCCAGACCCAGCUUCGGAAACAGCAGAAGUAGAGGAAGAGUCGAGUGCUGUCUUCUUCGAAGUCCAUGGGACUUCACAGCUCCUUUGCCCCCGGGCUAGGGUCCACGACGAGUGGAAAGAGCCUGGGGUUACACAGCUGUUUGUGUGUGCUUGUCGGUCAGAGCGGCAUCAAGGGGUGGAGGAUCUUGCUUUAUCCUCCCUCUCUUUCCCCAUCCGACGGCCAGGCGAGAUAUCCUCAUGGACGCUGUUCAAAGUGCUAGACAAGCGAACCAGUCAAAUGGUCCCGGUGGAGAUUAGGAAUGUGAAAGUGGCUGACAUUGCCCUCUUCGAAGAAUCCUUCAUCCAGCCCCUGACCGACGCCAGAGCGCGCGUGAUGCUGCAACAGGGGGUCAGCAACCAGCUUGCGCACUUGUUCGCCGACGCAGCUUAUAUCCACGCUAUCAACCUCCACAGCGACCUCACCGGUCUCGGAAAGUCCGUCGACGCUGUCACUUUCUGCGUCAACCACCGCAAGCUGCGUAAAGACAAUGUUGAGGGCCUACAACUGCUGAGUUACCGGCAGCUGAGCCACCAAGAUAGUCUGCGGGUGAGUAGUUCCGCUGUUGACCAUGCCGAGCUGACGAUAUUUUACGGCGGGGAUGCGGCGGAUAUCACGAGGAGUGUUGUCCAUGUCACACGACGACUACACGCCAAACUCGAAGACAUGCGCGUCGAGCUGUUUGUCGCCCACUUACAAACGCCAGGGCCGGACGAGAUUGUCGUGUUGCAUCUACAAGCAACAGAAGUCCAAUGCGAAGUCGCCGUCAUCCCCGACGCCGACAUCAUCAUCACCCGCACCCGCGACGGCCAGCACCGCCUCAUCGUCACCAGCCGCAAUCGGUGUACCGUCCUCGCUCAAAUCCUACCAACAACCUUCUUCACCUCCCCCUCCCACACCCCCACCUUCGUAGCGCCCACCUGGCUUAUCCAACUCGAAGGUGCCAAACGCAAGGUGUAUCACUACCCGGAGGGGUUCCGGUUUUUGAGCUUUCAUAGCAGUAGCGCGGAGAAAAUGUUUGAGCUUGGGCGGACGGCGGUGCUGCAGGGUGUGGAGGCUGAGAUGGAGGGGGGUUUGCCGAUUCGGCAGAAGUGA